AUGACACUUCGCACCGGUCGAUUCGAUUUUGACGACGGAGGAACUUACGUUGGCCAAUGGUAUCAAGGUUGCGCACAUGGACUGGGUCUCGCCACCGGGCCAAACGGAAUCGGCGAAUAUUCCGGUCAGUGGGAAUCCGGGUUUGAAACGUGUGGAGUGUACGUCUGGCCCAGUGGGAAUGUAUACGCAGGAACUUGGGCCAAAGGUAAACGGCAUGGAUGUGGACAACAGAUGAGAGGAAAAUGGAUUUAUCAGGGUCAGUUCACAGCCGGAGCAUGUGGUCCUUGCGGUGUGAAAGCGUUGUGUAAUAGCCAGUCCAUGUACGAGGGCAGCUGGUGUUUCAACCGAUUUGAAGGAUACGGGAUUGAAACGUGUGCAGACGGAAGUAUUUAUGCUGGUUCCUGGUCCAAAGGUUUACGUCAUGGUCUUGGUGUACGACGUUCCUAUGUUCGGUUUCCUCUGAACAUUGCUCAUUCGAAUGGCGGAACUAAUUGUGGUCAAGAUAAUCUUUUGAGUUCCAGUAUUUGUGGUGGUGGAACAACGCUCACUCAAUUGACAGAUGCCCUAACUGGUGACAAAAGUAAGGAGGCGGAUUUUUCUGAUCAGUGUAAAAGCCCACUUACUGAUAACAGACCAAAUAGUGGUGGUGCUGGUAAUGACUCCGGUCGAGUAAGUCGCAAGGCCUUGAUUGGGCGUGCAAUCAUGAGACGUUUACGGAAACAGCACUCCGCAUUCGAAUUGGGUUGCUCAGUCAUAGCGCCAGUUUAUGCUUCAUCUUCUUCAGCUUCCGGAGCCAAUAAUAUUUCAUGUACACCACUUCCCAUGGCGAUAAACCGUCAACGAACUUUGCGAUCAUCCGGAGCAAUGGGGACAUUAAAUGCUAAUGCAGCAUCCACCACCACAAAUGAGAACGAAAAAAACUUCAGUGUUCCUUCAACCUUGAUUGCUUUAUGCCCAACCGUGAAAACCACAGAUACCGAGUCUGUUAUCACAAAGAACGAUGUAAACUGGGUUACCUUGGUGGAAAUUUACGCUGGGGAAUGGGUAGAGGAUAAACGUACUGGAUUUGGUAUCAUGGAACGAUCUAACGGAUACCGCUAUAUAGGAGAAUGGUCACAAAAUCAGCGACACGGUUACGGUGUGACAUAUUAUCCGGACGGGGCUCAAGACGAAGGACAAUUCCAAGCUGAUCAAAUAACAAUGCGCCUGACUCGGAAAAGUAAAUUGCAAAUCUUGCGGCAAACAAAACUGAAAGAAUACGUUCAAGAUGCCAUUAUCCGAGCAAUAGAUGCUGCGAAGGAAGCAAAAAGCAAAGCUACAAAAUUAGCCCAGGAAAAGGCUAAAAUGGCUAGAAAAGCUGCUGAAGAUGCUGAAGAACAUCUACUCAAAGCCAGGUGUCUUUCGCAACAAGCCAGAGAACUAGUGCGAAAAAGCGAGCCUCAGUUUCAUCAACCCGGUUUGGAUUGGGAAAAAAAACGUCAGAUUGAAAGUCUGUCUAAUACCCGUCCUUUGGGCACUCCGUCGGAAAUGAGCCCUUAUAAUUCUAAUCCGGAGGAAUCCGGGGAAGACAGGCUGCUUCCAGUUUAUAAGUCUACACAGCCUAAAUUCUCCAAAGCAUCAGAGCCCUUCCCUCCAUACACUGACACAACGAUGAUCCACUCAGAAACAAAUUCAGACUUACGAGACAAGUGCGCCAAAGCGGAAUUACCUGGACAACUAUCAAAAUCUCCCAUACAACCAAGCCCCACUCGACCCGUAUUUGGGCAGUUUUGGCGUAUAAAACUGCACAAAACACCUACCGAUCGACUUCUGUCCCUGGAUUCUACAUCAAAUUCUUCAGAGAAUCAACUUAUCUCGUAUUUCGAUACAUUUGAGCGUUUUGCUAGAAUCGGAAAUCCAAAAGGUUCAACCACUCCGAAAAAACAGGUUCAAUCUUCAUCCACACAAGAUGAGUCCUGCUAUUGCGAGGAACAUGGUUCGUGUUUGGCAUCCCCUAAUCUAACCGAAGUAGAACGACGUAUUUCAACUGUAAAAGAAUUGUCAAACGAGGACACAGAUGUACUUAAAAAUUUCGAGGAGGAUAAUAUGACAUCUACAACAACCAAAACUGCUGUCACAAGCACUGUGACUGGCAUUAACACCACAAACGAACCAGCAAACGGUGAUCCACCCAGAAUCGACGGAUUUGUUGGAGGGAAAAGCUUGAUCCCGUUGAGUCGCGUGGAAGAUAAUCUCUAUAGAGUAGGUCGUUUGUUUUAUUCACGAAAUAACCAGCCCACCAUGUGA